UGCGGCUCCCUGUGGCUUUGGGAAAUAAUUGGUCAGUAUUUAAUUAAAAUGUAUUUUAUGUUAGUUUGUUAGCUUUUGAAAUGUAAUUCUAAAUUUGAAGAUUAUGGUGAUCUUGUACAAUCUAAGUGUGGCGACACAUUUCCUGGCACAUCCGAAACGGCUCACAAUUAGCCAGCAUUCCGGCUAAGGGAGAUAGCCUACGGGGGUUUGUGAGUACGCGUCUUUUGCAGCAUCUGCGUCCAUGGGGGCUGGGUUGAGGGAGGCUUAAAAGCAAGGCUGUUUAGUUCGAAUAAAGCUAUCUUUGACUGCAGUUUACUGACACCGCUACAACGUGUUUUUAUCGCUGGCUGUCCAGACGGAAGGUGCUGAAACGCUUUGUCGCGUGUCUGGAAGAAGUGAAAACUUUCCUGGGCAGCAAAGGGCUCACCUUUCCUGAGCUGGAACAGCCAGAGUGGCUGGAAAAGCUACACUUCAUGGUAGACAUGACAGCGCACCUGAACACGCUGAACACAGCUCUUCAGGGGUAAGGACGUACAGCCCUGCACAUGUUGGAGGAUGUUUUGGCAUUCGAGCGCAAGUUGACGUUGCUUGCCAGAGAUUUACAGAAAGGCACUUUGUCUCACUUCCCCAAUUUGAGAGAGUUCAAACAAGGUCACGACAUGAUAAUUUCGGAGUAUUUACAUUCUGCAAUCAUCGCAAUGCAAACAUCGUUUGGGAAACGCUUCUGUGAGUUCAGAGAGGAAAAAAACACAUUAUCCUUCCCGGUCACUCCCUUAAGCAUCGAUCCUUCCCUACUGAAUACGACUGCAUUGGCAGGUGUGAGUCAACCUGAUCUUGAGAUGGAACUGGCCGACAUAGCCGACAAAGACAUAUGGGUGUCCAAGUUUAGACGCUUGACAGCAGACCUUGAAGAUGUUGCCCGUCAGAAGGCCGUUCUUGCUCAGAAACACAAAUGGAGUGAUAUUGAAAACCUUCCAAAACCGGACAAACUUGUGUUCGAAACAUGGAAUGCUAUGCCCGACAUUUAUGUAAACAUUAAAAAGUAUGCGCUUGGAGUCCUGUCGAUCUUUGGAUCCACAUAUGUAAGUGAGCAGGUGUUCUCCAACAUGAACUUUAUUAAAAACAAACAUCGCGCACGCCUCACAGAUGACAGCUUGCGAUCCUGUGUAAAGAUGAAGGUGACGUCAUACAGCCCUGAUGUGCAGACGCUGUGCGCUGAGGUCCAGGAGCAGAAAUCCCAUUAACCAAGCUGACAGCUGGCUGUUGUUAUUUUUGGUUUGCUGCUGGCGGAAAAUUUAAGUUCGGCGUUUUUCAUAAAUACAAGAAGGACUCAAAUAGACAUUGAGUAUUUUACUUAAAAGUAACUUUCAACCCAAUGUCUUUUUUUCGGAGUUCAAAAUGUUUUUGUUGCAUGCAGAAAUGUAAUUUCGUUUUCUCU